AACUUAUAUAAUGUUAAAUUUAUCAGAACUUGUAGCUUAAAUUUAAUGUUUUACGACGUUUCAUAUUUGAUGAAUGGUAAUUUGAAUAUUGAAAAUGAAAAAUCCUCGGUUUGGCAUAAUACGCCAACAUUGGACAAGAAUUUAUAUGCGGAUUAUAAACAAGUGUCAUGAGUAGAAGAAAACCUAAAUUACAAAUUGGAAGUGGACAUUUGAACAGAAAUACACCUGAUGACAAUUUAGGAUCAAGGUCAAUGAAGCAAAAAAGCAAAACCUCUGGUGGGGCAGGGUUGGGGUUACUUGGAUCUUAUGGAGGAGACAGCGAUGAGGGGACAAGCUCUUCCGAUAGUGAAGAUCAGCAUCUUCCAAGAAGCUCUCUUGAUACCAAAGUUGCAGAUUUUCUAAAAGAAAUUGAUGAUAUUGCUGUCGAUAGCCCUACAGAUGGUAAAACUACUAAAGCUCAAAAUGGAGAAGAUAAGAAAAAAAUAGAUAAAACCAAAAUUAAAUGGGGUCCAUGGAGUGAGUGUUUUGAUGAAAACACGAAACAUCCGUAUUACUGGAACACUGAAACAAACGAAGUUACAUGGAUUGUACCACCAGAGAUCGAAGUUCAAAUCCAACCCAAGGAAGUUGUGAAAGAAGUAAAGGCAAAGGAACCAAGUGUGGAUGAUAUGUUUGCAGGUUUCAUGAAUGAAAUAAAUGAAGAAAUGGUCAAAAUUGAUGAAAAUAAACAACAGAACAGGACCACUGUAUCUAAUGAUGGUGAAGUUACACAUGUUGAGGCAACAUCUAAUGCUCAGCGUAGAGUUCGAGAGAGAGAUUCUGAUAGUGACAUCAUAAUACCAACCAAACGACGUAAAUCACCCAACACAGUAGAAGAGAUAGUGAACACCAAUGCAAAUGAAUCAACAGAUGUAAACAAAGUUCCAACAUUAAGUGAAAACAACAUUAUAAAUGGUAUUUCAAAUUCAAGUCCCAAGUCAGAUAAAGAAGACAUGGAUAGGUCAACUGAAGAGGCGGAGAUAAAAGAACAAGAAGAUCAAAUCAAAGUCAAAGAAGUUGUUGAACAGAAGGAACCAAUUGUUAAACCGCAAGUGUUGGAAGCCAUGGAGGAAUGCUACAGUGAUGACUCUUUUGAAGUAGAAAGUCAAACCGAGGAUAAUGUCACAACGACCACAAUCACCACCAUAGAUGCAGAAAGUCAAACAAAUCCAAGUUCACCUGCUCCAACUAAACCUACCGUCCACACAUCAACACAAACCGAACAAGCAGCAAACAACGAAACAAUGAAGACUUCUGUUGGGUUGGUUGGAGCAACUUUGCUGCAAAAGCUCGAGUUUCUUGAUAUUUCCAAGUCAGCCAUCAUGGAUUUUCAUCUGCUGCUUGUUGAAAUCGAGGUGCGUUUGGCUGAUUGGAAGUCUGGUGAAUUAUCUGACGAGUAUACACUAACUAAGCUAAAGGAAGCUGAGGUCAUGCUUCAGAAAUAUGAACAAAAUGCAAUGCCCAAGGACUGGACAUGCCAGUGGGACAGCCAGCACAAGAGAUAUUACUACCAAAGUAAGAAGAGUGGUAAAGUACAAUGGGAGUACCCAGAAAUGGAGAAGUUUGAAAAACUUCAGGCAAUGAUGAAUAAAGAUGAGAAUACAGUCUCAGAUACCUCUUCAAAGAAUGAAGAAUCCAGUUCUUCAUCAAACAAAACUUCUAAUUCUACAGAAAAAACUUCCAGUGCAACAGUUGCCACCGAUAAGAGCUUGGACAACCAAUCAUUUCAACAACAACCUGGUUACAACAUGCAGAACUAUUCAUACUGGGCAGCAAUGCAAAACCAAUACAGAAUGCAUUACCCAUACAUGGUCAAUGACGCUUAUGCAUCUCCUAUGCAAAGCAAUUCUCCCGGACCCUCAAAUGAAGAUGCGGCACCAAGGCCUCCUGUAUCAGAUAAACCACCCCUCCCCCCUCCUCCAGGAGAUGAUAAUCCACCUCCUCCCCCACCAUCCGAUCCUCCAGAGGAAGGAGAGAUCGCGGAUGAUGGGAUCGAGAUGGAGAUCAGUGAUACCGAUGAACCAGCCGAAAAAUCAACCAUAGAACACCAGCCUGUAACCGAAGUACAGCGUGGACCAGUGGAUUACAAAGCAGUAGUAGCGAGUGCGCCAGUGAAAGCUGUCUUCACAUCAGUAGCUAAACCACCUACGUUAAGUGUUCUCGGACCCACAGUAGGGGUUCUAGAUAAAAUCAAGAAAACUAAAAAGGUAAAGAAAACAUCAACAAAGAAACCUCCCAAACAAAUGGUAGGUAUGGUGGCAAAGUGGCAAAAAGCAAAGAUGGAAAUAGAAGAGGAAGAGAAAAGGUUGAUCAAGGAGAGUGAGGAGGACUUGGAUCGAGAGGUUGAUGUAAAGAAAAAGAUUGUUGAGUGGAGGAGAGAGCAAUUUAAGAGUGGAAAAGCAGCGUCAAAUGCAAAUUUUCAACCAAUUGGAGAUGAUUGGAAAAAGAGAGUAAAGCAAAGAAAGCAGCGCAUAACUUGAUUUUAAAAGCAUCAUUUUUCUACUUUUUUUCUUGUUCCCUCUUAGCUGUACUGCCAUUCCUUGACAAAUAAAGUUAAGAGUGUAAUAAAAUGAUAUGUGCUGUUUACUUCAUCGUAUCAGCGCUUUUUUGUAGCACUCUUUGGAGUUGCAUGAAUAAAAUUAAUGAAUUUC